AUGUCCCUCGCAGGAAAGAUCGCCAUCGUGACCGGAGCCUCCCGCGGUAUCGGCGCCAGCAUCGCCCUCGAACUCGCCAAACAAGGCGCAUCUCAUUCCAAACCCCCCAAAUCGACAUCCUCAUCAACAACGCCGGCGCCUUCCACUGCGCCCCGCUCCCCACCACCACCCCCCGCCCAAAUAUCCACCAUCUUCAACCUCAACGUCCACGGCACGAUCCUCAUGACGCGCGCCGUCAUCCCACACCUGCGCGCCCCAGGCCGCAUCAUCAACAUGAGCUCAAUAGCUGCGCGACGCGGAUCCAGCGGCGGAAGCAUCUACGCGGCAUCGAAGGCCGCGGUGGAAGGGUUUACGCGGGCGUUGGCGUUCGAUAUCGUGGCGCCCGGGGCGACGGAAUCGAGGAUGCUGAGGGAGGAGGUACCUAGGGAGUUGGUGGAUUUUAUGACGAUGAGUACGCCUCUGGAGAAGAGGGUGGGAAGGGCGGAGGAGGUGGCGAAGGUGGUGGUUUUUUUGGCCGGAGGGGAGGCUGGUUGGGUUACUAGGCAAACGGUUUGUGUUAGUGGGGGGUUGAAUAUGGUUUAG